AUGAUGUUUAAUACAUAUUCAUUCAAGAAAGCAUGUGACCUGGGUCUGCACGCCAUUGUUGCGGACGGCAUGCAUUCCCUGCAUCCCAAGUCGCUGGGAUACCAGGCACAGGUCUAUUGUGUGCACGGCGUAUGCUCAGAGGGGGUCGAGAUACCCCUUCUAUACUGCAUCACUGAGAAGAAAACAGAGAAGGUGUACCUUAAAAUUUUUGCGCACUUGAAGGCAACUAUCACGUCCGAUGCGCCUCGACGAGUGGUACUUGAUUUUGAAAAAUCAGCUAUUAAAGCUGCACGCAAAACCUUCCCAGCUGCAGCUGUGGAAGGCUGCGCAUUUCACAUAGCGCAGGCGUGGAAUCGCAGACGAACUCAUAUCGGUUUGACAAGGUACACGCAAGGAGUAGAAUGUGAUGCUAGAGUCGCAGAAUGGUGGGAUACUGUGAAAGGUAAACUUAUAAAAUUCAGUGCCCUGAAGGGAUCUUAUAGCAUAGUUUUCCUUCCUACGCCGCUGCUCCCCCACGUGAGAGCACUACGUGGUCCUCCUGUCCCCAGUGGGCACGGUGCCUUUGAAAAGUGUAAAAAAUUUUUGGAGUACCUCAACACGACCUGGAUGCAGGGGCCCUUCAAAAAUAUGUGGUGUAAAUGGAAAGUGGAAGAAUUGCGGACCACGAAUUUGGCAGAGGCCUUCCAUAGGUUGUAA